UGGACCAGCAAUGUCACAUACGAGUAUAUCACUAAUUUUCAUCGCUUUCAUGAUCGUGGAUUUUGGCGCAGCAUAUGACAACACACGUCUACAGCUAAAUCAAAACCGCAUCAUAGGCGGCGAUGAUGUAUCGAUUGUACAUUAUGCGCAUCAGGUCUCGCUGCGCCGUAAGACCUGCCAGGAAUGCGCUUAUUUGCACCUGUGUGGCGGCAACAUACUCAACGAAGACACUAUACUGACAGCUGCGCAUUGUGUGAUCGGUCGUGAUAUUCGUAACUUCACCGUGGUCGCUGGUACCGGCCAACGCACCGGUGGUGAUGGCACUGUUGUGCUAAUAGAAAAAAUUGUCACACACGAACGUUACAAUGCCUCCAUAACGGAUUAUGAUGUUGCUUUACUUUUCCUUGCCACACCGUUGACAUUGGAUGGGGUAUUUACGACAAUGAUACAAUUGGUGCAGAGCACGCCAGAGAUUGGUGCAAAGGCCACCAUCACCGGUUGGGGUACGCUGUCUGAAGGUGGUGUGGCUGCGCUGCAAUUGCAGGCUGCCAAUGUGUUCGUGCUAGAUCGGGCGCAAUGCAGCGCGGCGUAUGGCGAUCGUUUUACAGCUGCUAUGCUGUGCGCCGCUGCGAAGGACAGUGGUAAGGAUGCUUGCCAAAUGGAUGCGGGUGGCCCAUUAUUGGUGGAGAAUCAGUUGGCCGGCAUAAUUUCGUGGGCCAUAGGCUGUGCACGGCCCGAAAGCCCAGGUGUUUACGUGAAUGUGUCGCAUGUGCGUCAGUGGAUCGAGUUAACUGUGGCAGCUAACUCGUUGUAUAAGUUUUAAUGUGUG